UUCACUAUUCAGAAAUAUUUUGAAUUUAUUUGAUAUGUUAAUAGUCGUUUUUAAUAAUAGUAUUGUUUUCUUGAAAUUUAAAAUGGAUAUUAAUUGAAUAAAACAAUUCUGCAUUAUUUUUAAAAUUCAGUUUUUAAAUUAGUAAUUAUAACCGAAUUGUAUCAUAAUUAUUUACUUAAUCAUAAACAUGCAAAGAAUAAUACUAAUAACGCUUAUGCUAUCAAUCUUAUUGAGUUAUUGCAAUAGCGAGUACUCUGCUAACGAUUGUUCACAACUAGGAUUUAACAAAGACAACUUACUCUGUUCUACUUGCGAUCAACUUACAAAAUUUCAACUUUCAUCAUUAAGUGAGCACUGUUUGCAAUGUUGUCAAAUGGAUAAAGAAGAAAAAUCAAUUAAAAUGUAUGCAAAAGCAAGGUUAGAAGUGUGCACUUGUAAAUUUGGAGCUUAUCCUCAAAUACAAGCAUUUUUAAAAAGUGAUCGACCUAAAAAGUAUCCAAAUUUAACAAUUAGAUAUGUAAGAGGUCUGGAUCCGAUUAUCAAACUUAUGGAUAACAACGGCAAUGUACAGGAGGUGUUGGCUAUUGAACGAUGGGACACUGAUACUGUUGAUGAAUUUUUGAGCACACAUUUAGAACAUAGUGAUGAUGAUUAUCGUUCAAAUUUGGUGUAAUUAAACUUUAAAAUAUAAUUUAUAUGUUUUUAAUUUACACAAAAUUUAUACAUUUGCUUAUUAUCGUCAAACACAAAUUAAUGUUUAUUUUUUUAAGUAUACAAGUGUAAAUAAAAAGUUUUGGAAAGAGUUAAGAAGAGUGGUCUAUGGAAUAUGAAACCUAUGGUUCUAUUUAUAAAAAUAAUAUGCAUAUUAUACAUAUUAUUAUUAUUAUAUUAUAAUACAUAUGUGUUUGUACGUGUAUGAUCUACUUAAUAAUAACAUUUAAUAAGCAUUUAUAAUCAUCAGAGAAUACAAUGAAUUUGUACAUCAA